GACCCGGAUGCGGCUUUUUUACGAGGGCGUCUUUUCCGCUUAGUCAUGCAAUUUCGCAUCUCUCAUUGGUUGGCCCUGUCCAUGCUCAGCGGAACCCUAUGUCGGCCCAAAAACCGAUGUAAUAGAUCGGACCCUAACUUUAGAGCUACAGAACGCUAAAGAGUAAAGGGGAGAUGGGGAUAAAAAAGCUUCCAGAACAAAUAAAUAGCGCACUCCUGAUCGACCUGGACUUGCAAAGUAAUUGUGCAUACAAUCCUCCGCUAUGGCAGCGCCUGCACCCUCCCCAGCGGGAGGAUCCUUCAAAGACAUGCGCAAGAACUUCCUGAUCGCCCUGGGCAUCAGUUUUGCCCUCUUACAGCUGCUGUUCCUGUGUAAUAUGUGCUACCUAUAUGGGACCCAGUAUCGCGACAGCACCCGGUUCCACAGCUUGAAGAUGCUGUACGUCGACUACGACGGAGACGUGGUCGGUCAGUCGGUGGUCGAUGCGUACGGCAUACUGCGCAGUAACGAAUUCCCUUCACUUAUACAAUCACCCGCCAGCGAAUAUCCGACUCCAAAAGACGUCAAGACUGCUGUUUGUAAAGGCGACUAUUGGGGCGCAGUGUAUGCCCAUCCCGGGGCCUCGGCGAACCUAUCUGCUGCCUUGGCCACGGGCAACGGCAACCGAACUUCCCUCACGUACAUCUGGAACGGCGCACGUUACCCAGCCUUUUCACAGAGUGCCAUCUACGCCAGCAUCAUGAGCCUGGUACAAGUAACCAAGUCGGCCUACUACGCCCGCAAUGCAUCGAACGUCCUCGCCACAGCACCGCUGUCGAAGAACCCGGCAAGCCUGCAAGCCUUCCUCAACCCCAUCCAAGCCACCGAAAUCAACAUCAAGGCAACCAAUCAAGGCGGUCGAGUAUUAUACAACACCGUCUCGAUGGUGAUGCCGAUCAUCCAACAAUUCUUCUUCAUGAUGGCCCUGAACGGCAUCUCGGCGCAAUUCCACCUCUACACCAAACUCGGCCCGAAACGCAACGGCCUCCUCCGCAUGUGCGUCUCUCUCGCCUACACCUUCAUCGGAUCGCUAUGCAUGGCCGGAUAUAUCUGGGCGUACAGAGAGUCCUGGGACGUCAAUAGCAAUCAGUUCGUGCUCUCCUGGAUGAGUAUCUGGCUGUACAUGCAUAUCAACUUCCUCAUCGUCGACAUCCUCACCGCGUUUAUCCCCAUGCAAUUCCUCCCCUUCUGCAUCCUAACCUGGGCCAUAAUCAACGUCGCCAGUACGAUCAGUCCCUUCGAACUGAGCCCCGGGUUCUAUCGCUGGGGGUAUGCCCUCCCCGCGCACGAGCUAUACCAGGUCCUCGUCCAGAUCUGGAGCGACGGAUGCGAGGACCAGCUGCAUCGCGCCCUCCCGAUCAUGUUCUCGUGGUGGAUCGCCUGUGUCGCUAUCGUGCCCUUUGCCAUGUGGCAUCGCUGCAAAGCGGCCCUGGCUGCCGAACAGGCUGCUACCAACGUCGCGGCCGAUAAUAAGUCGACCGUUUCACUGCCGGAAAAUGUGGGCCGGCUCCACUCGCACCAAUCGAGUACGCAGGAGAUCAUCCGGCACAGUCGGAGGGAGACGGCUGAGUCUAUCCGCUUGGAGCAUAUUGCGUAUGGACCCAGCUAUCCCACUCCGGGCGUGAGGGGGGAUGAGCCGUGAAUAUUUAGUAUAUUGUGAAAUAUCUAUUUUGUAUAUUAUUGAUAGAU